UUACGCACAUCAUACGAAAACCGCCUAGUUAUAAUUUAAAUUUAUUCAAAUUAUAAAGGUCAACUUCCCGUGUCGACAGUUCUCUGCGCUUCUGCGAGUACAAGAGGGCAAUGUUGCGUGCGCGUGUCUUGAGAGUUGCGCGUUGUGCUCGCGUUGGCAUAAGUGUAUUACCAAGGCGCCUUCAGCACUCUGGGUCAGCGGACUCAACCAAUACCCAGAGCAAGUUCUUGCCCAGGAUUCUGCGACUUCACAACGGCGAAAAGGUCCCGCAAGUAUUCACGGUCCAGGAGAUGGAGCGCCGUGUGCGCAUGCUCCGUGAGCAUAUGGCCGCUGAAAGCCUUGACGCAUGCGUAUUGACCUCUUAUCAUAACAUCAACUACUACAGCGGCUUUCUGUAUUGCUAUUUCGGUCGAUCAUACGCUACAGUGGUAACACACGAUGACAUCACUACUGUGUCUGCAAAUAUCGACUACGGGCAGCCCUGGCGCCGUUGCUAUGGUGAUAACAUUACUUAUACAGAUUGGCAGAAGGAUAACUACUAUCACGUUAUUAAUCAGCUGGUCGGUGGGGUGAAGAGGGUCGGGGUUGAGUUCGACCACCUCAACCUCGUUAGUAAGGAAAAGCUUCAACAAGCCAUGCCUUUAGCUGAGCAGGUCGACGUUGGAACACCCACUAUGCGCAUGCGCAUGCUGAAGUCUGCUGAAGAGAUCGCUCACAUCAAGCAGGGGGCCGCAGUGUGUGACGUAGGAGGGCGAGCAGGAGCUGACGCCAUAGGAGAUGGGGUUCCCGAGUACGAAGUCGCUCUGGCCUCGACAUCAGCCAUGGUUCGUGAUAUCGCCAAUCGGUACCCUCACGCCGAGCUGAUGGACACUUGGACGUGGUUCCAGUCGGGGAUAAACACGGACGGCGCGCAUAACCCAGUGACCUCGCGCCGUGUACAGAAGGGUGACAUUCUCAAUAUGAACAGUUUUUCAAUGAUUAGCGGGUAUUACACCGCUCUGGAGCGAACCAUGUUCUAUGAUCGUGUGCCAUCCGACCGACACAUGAAACUUUGGGAGAUAAACGUCAAGGUUCACGAAAAAGGCAUGGAAGUUAUCAAGCCUGGAAAGCGGUGCUGUGACAUAGCGCGCGAGCUGAACGAAAUUUUCCUUCAGCAUGACCUCUUACAGUAUCGCACCUUCGGCUACGGCCACUCUUUCGGCGUCCUGUGCCACUAUUACGGGCGGGAGGCUGGUCUUGAGUUACGUGAGGACGUGGAGACAGUACUGGAGCCCAACAUGGUGGUAUCUAUUGAGCCAAUGCUGACGAUCCCCGAGGGUCAGGAAGGUGCGGGAGGGUAUAGGGAGCACGAUAUACUGGUCAUUACUGAGGCGGGAAAUGAGAAUAUCACUAAGUUCCCGUAUGGGCCCGAGCACAAUGUAAUAAAGAAAUGAUAGAUCGGAGAAUUGUUUAGAUGAAGAACCAGGUACAAAGCUUAUAGGAUUAGAUAGAUAUUCUAAGAGGAUUGUAUGGGCAGAAUAAAAGGAGAAUGGAAUGUCGAAA